AUGCCGAUUAUGCAACAUGCUAAGGCUAAAGUUAUACUGAACCAUAUGAUCCGAGAUGUAGAUUUUGGAUAUUUUUUUUACCAGCCCUAUAUAGAUCCAACUUAUUUUUAAAUUAUUUCUACUGUUUCUAGCAGAUAAGAUUUCUAAUCUUAGUUUUAUUGUGUAAACUCUAUCGAUUACUCGUUAUAGAAUUUAAAUGAAUAAUUUAACUCUACUUAAUCUUCAAAUGCUUACUCUAUCUUGAUUCACGAAUUUAAUUCUACAGUAUAUUAUCACCCAUUAAUUAAUUCUUCAAAUUUAAUAUCUUGGCCAGAUCUAGAAUUUUAAAAUAUUACUCUUCUUUGUCAAACUUAUUUGUAAAUGUAAGAAUGCUUAUAAGAAAAAUAAAGUUUAUCAGAUCAACUUAACCAAAGUAUAGAAUUUAUUAAAAAAGGGAAUUAUUCAAUAGAUGAAAGACAAAAUAUUGACUAGUUAUACUAAUACUGGUCUAGAUAUGGCUAAUAGCAAGUAAGCAUUAUUUUUCCAGUGAACGCUUAUGUAAAAGGAAUUAAUACUCAACUUCCUUACUCUUAUUCAAUACUUCUGACAGGAAGAGUUAUUUUAGAUUUCAGAAAUUAAAUUAAGCUAUUUAAUAUCCUUGAUGUUAAUAUAAUUAAAAUACCAUUAAUUACUGAAUUUGUAGUUACAGGCUUAAUUAUAAUCAUAUUCUUAACUAAUUAUGGAUUUAUAGCAGUAGGAUAAUUACAAUUAUGA